AUGGACGUGCCCUGGCAGAGGGUAGGGUCAUGGGUCGGGACGGUGGAGCGCCCGGAAGUGGUGCCACUCUCUAGGCACACGGCUGCACGGCCGCAUGCCAAGGUGAUCGUGCCCACAGCAGGGCCGGCGGAGCCCCACGACGGCCACUGCGCCGCGACGGUGUCGCGAGAGAGCGUAUGGCUCUUGGGCUUCACAGCGGCGGCAGCGGCAGCCUCGCGGAGAUGCAGGAGCCGGCUUUGCAGGCGAGCCUCCGUUAGCACCUUCCGCAAGAGAGAGGAGAAGCGAGAGCGACGUCGCCGCUGGCUUCAGGGACUGGAGAAAGUGGAUGCUGAGGCUGCGGAGGCAGAGGGCACCUCGGUGCCGAGCGGCAAGGCCCCGGUCUUCGCGUCGGCCGCGGAGGAGUCCUCCAGCACGAAGCUUCGCCGUGGUCUUCGGAGUGAGAUGGAGGAGCCCUUGGACUGGAACAAUCCGGGCACCAACGUUUUGGAGAAGGCUCGCUUGGCUGCGGAGGAUUGGGGUGGUUGGGAUGAAGCCGGCUGGUCUGCGGAUCCUGCUGCCAGCGCCGGAUCUGUGGAGGCCAUUCCGCUGCCAGGAUUCUUCCGCAUGAGGAGAGCCCAAGCAGAGCCCCCGAAGGCCAUCAAGGAGUUCAUCGCUUUGCAUCAGUUGGGAAAUGUAAAGCUCCCAAAGCUCAAGCGUGGGGAGCACCGCCCAGCCAUCUUUGCGGGCUUUGAUCCAGCACACGACGGCCGAAGAGGCGCAGUCGAUGAUGGCCGAGGCGACACCUUGGGGCGCAUGGCCGCUGCCGUGCACAAGGGCUUCCUGAGGCAGCGGGCCCGGUGCCAUCCCUCCUCUUCGCCUCCUCUCGCCGAGCGGCCUGAGGUGGCCUUCAUCGGCGCUUCCAAUGUCGGCAAGUCCUCGCUGUUGAACUCGCUGACACGGACGCAGCAACUGGCUCCUGCGAAGGAUGAUCCUGGUGUCACUCGUUCCAUCGACUGGUACAAGUGCAGCCGGCUGCCUUUGGAUGUGAUCGACCUUCCUGGCUAUGGCUAUGCCAAGGGAGCCGAGUUCGGGCCGCUAGUAGCCCAGUUCCUGCAAAGUCGGAAGUCCUUGCGGGUCCUCUACUGCCUGGUGGACGCCCGAACAGGGAUUCGGCCGACGGACUGGAGGUUCUACGCGUCUCUCGGCAACCGAGGGCCCGAGAAGGUCUUCAUCCUGACGAAGUGCGACAUGGUCGUUCCCAAGAUGCUGGCGAAAGUCGCGACCUUGGUUCUCGAGGACAUCCGGAGCAUCCCCCGAUCGAGCCAGCGCCUCAUCAUGGUCUCGGCUCGACAGGGCCAGGGUCUGCACGACCUGCGCUGCCACCUCUGUUCCCGGGCCGUGACGCUGAUGCGAGAGCUCCGGAGACGACAAAGAGAGCACUCAGAGCUCUCGGAGCAGUGA